GGAGGCGGGCUGAAAGUUGGAGCAAGCAGGAAGUGGAGCCGGGACUGCCCCAGGAGGAAACCGACCAGCCAGUUCUGCCGCCGACGGGCCGUAGCCGCCCGAGCCAUGGAGGAGGCCAGCGGAGGUGGGGAAAAUGACCGCGUGCGGAACCUGCAGAGUGAGGUGGAGGGAGUCAAGAAUAUUAUGACCCAGAAUGUGGAGAGGAUCCUGGCCCGAGGCGAAAACCUGGAUCACCUCCGCAACAAGACAGAGGAUCUGGAAGCCACUUCCGAGCACUUUAAGACCACAUCGCAGAAGGUGGCCCGAAAGUUCUGGUGGAAGAAUGUGAAAAUGAUCAUCAUCAUCUGUGUCGUUGUUUUUAUCAUCCUCCUCUUCAUCAUCCUCUUUGCCACCGGCGUCAUCCCCACCUAGGGAGCCUCUCCCACCCUGCCCUACUCUUCAGGGGCUGCCUGCCACCGUGGGGGCCAUGCGGGGCCCUCCCGCCUGUCCUCCACGGGAACGCAGCCUGGUUCCCCUGAAGCUCCAGAGAACACCUUGGUCCCCCCCGAAAGGAGAGAGCUGGACUAUGGCUGCGUUUCCUGGGUCCUCAGAGUGGGUCGGAGAGACCCUGAGGAGCCCGCGUGUGGCCAGGGACCUACUGGUGACUGGUGGGCAAUAAAGGCCUUUCGGUAUC